GUUACCGCGAGCAUCACCGCUCACAUCCCAUUUGGCGUUCUUGGGGAAAUUCCGAAAAUGUCUCCGCCUCACCACGCCUUUUUUACUUCCGAAUAAGCCGUUGACGUCCGUUCAACUUUUGUAUCGCGGCUAAUUUUUUUUUUCUCCAGGCGCGUCGCAGCUCACGUCUCGCCGUUCCGAAGAAACCUAACCGCGCGUCCUUUAUGCACAGCACGCUGCUCCGGUCCUCCGAGCACCAUGGUCCGCUCCACCCGCGCUCACUAGGCAGCAUGGAAGCCAAGCAACACCCGAUAAAGAGCCACAAAAGCUACCCGGAGACCGGCGGUCGGAGUCUGGCGGCGUUCGCCGGCGGUGGAGGAGGCGGCGGGGGCGGAGGAGAAGGAGGAGGAGGCGGCGGCGGCUCCGCGGAAACGGAGAUGGAGACCAAGAUCCAGAAAGCCGUCGACUUCAAAGCGGAGGGCCACCGCUGCUACAAGGAGAAGAAAUUCCGCGAGGCGAUCGGCAAAUACCACCGGGCGCUGCUGCAGCUCAAAGGGGUGCACGUCGCCGACGGGACGACCGGCGGCUCGGAGGUCGACCUGCUGAACCGACAAGCCGCCGCCGAGCUCACCGAGGAGCAGAUGAGAGCCGUGGAGAGCACCGAGAUUGAGUGCUACGACAGCCUCACGGCUUGUCUGUUGCAGUCCGAGCUGGUCAACUACGAGCGAGUGAAGGAGUACUGCCUCAAGGUACUGGGUCACCAGAGGGACCACUUCAAGGCCAUGUACCGUGCCGGCAUUGCCUUCUACCACCUGGGCGACUACGAAUGUGCCCUGCGUUACCUGCGAGACGCCAAGAACCGCGAGCCUGCAGAUACCAACGUGCUGCGCUACAUCCAGCUGACAGAAAUGAAGAUGAGCAAGAGCGGACAGCGGGAACGAGAGCUCGGCAAAGAGACGCAAGGCUGACCUGCCUCCUCCUCCCCCGUCCAUUUUGGAAUUUUGCGACCACUCCCCUGACCAUCCGUCCUCCAUCCUCGCCAUACUUCCACGGCAGUCCUGGGAGAUGAUUUGAACUUCCUGUUUUUCCGACUCCUUCCUGCCUGUUUGUCCCUCAGGUGCUGUGGCUCUUUUUAUUUUUUUUUCUUGACCAAAAAAAAAAAAAAAUAAUAAGUCAAAGAAAACUGCUGUAUUAGAAGCUUCCCCCAAAAGAAACUAGUGAAUAAUGGACGUUUGCGUGAUUCAGUCAAAGCGUUUUCUUUUCUCUCCCUUCUCUCUCGGGUGAAUUUCUGGGUCCGGUGUGCGAAGGCCUUUUCGGAGGCUCCCGAUAUGCUCUUCGAGAGGAGAGGGGCGUGCCACACAUAUCAAGAUCAUCGUCCGAUUUGAUUGUACGUGCAACCCGCCAGGAGGGCUCUCUCACGCCCUUUAACCACACUUUCUUGGACUUUGAUUUCUUUUUUUCAAUUAAGGGCUAAUUUGAUUGUUUGUAAUCUGUUUUUAAUGUCCAUCAAAACCAGGGGUGGGCAAAGCCUCCUGUAAUAUUUGUUACAUUCAUUUACUGGUUGUUCCUUUUUUUUUCAAAGUGGUUAUUUUAGCUCGUUAAAUAAUUGGUCCAUUGAUUCAUAAAAUGUACUGCAAGUGCACAGCAAUCAACAUCAAAUCAAAUAUGGCCCUGGAGUGCAAAUGUUUGCCCACCCCUGUUCGGUACCGAAGUUGAGCGUAGCAUUGGUUCUUUCAUGGUCGCUUAUGUUUUGUCUCGAAUUUGCUGUCAGAAAAAAAAAAAUCCCCCAAAGCCCGAGCGCUUGCUUCCUCACCCGCAACUCUGCAGCUUGACAGCAUCCCAAACGCGUCUGCAGUUCCGUUCAGUUGAGCAUCCGUGAUGGCCAAAGCGAAGUACUGAACACAUUAGGGGUUAAUCAACAUUUAAAGCUCGAAGUCGACAAAUCGCGUUUUUGGGUUGGGGCAGACUUUUUACUGACAACUUGGACUCGCCCGCUUGGUCAUCAGUGGACUGAAACGUUCUUCGGAGCGGCGACAUUUCCAGCCAAUAAAGGCAACACAGUCUUCAAAUGUACGAAAAUAUAAUGGCGGCGGACGAAAAUACCUCAUAGCCUCGAUGGUUUUGGCUGUUUCGAUCAUCGCUAAUCUUCAAAUAUUCAUACUAGGGGACUGGGAGCUGGGGACGAGGUCAGCGGCGCCACGUGAAACUUCGUCGCCAAUAUGUUACAUCCAAUAAUGCACAGACAACAGCUGUGUAGCAAUGAGAACUUUGUCUUUCAUUGAAGUUGUAGGGUACAACAACAUCGAUAUCAUGAAACGCGCUGUAACAAUACGGCGUAUAGCUGACGAUGCUACAUGCGCGUGCGAUUAUUUGAAUAAAUAGAAACUGUUGGCAAGGUCGCUUGCAAAUUAUGCAAGUUUGUCCUAAAAUACAAUCAAAGCACAAGUCAAAGAAAAACACAGACAGGCUUGGGUUUUUUUGGGGUUGGUGGGGCUGGCCCCAAUAUACAAUUACAACAUGCUGUGCUUCGUAGCGCAGGAUGUGAGCAGCCAUCUUGUUGAAGAGAGGACCACCAAUCAUGACAACUACAUCCUGCCUAAGGAAGACUUUUAUUUUUAUUCAUAGGUUUUAUCACUUUGUUUGGCGCGUCGUCGAAAUAUGUCUUUAUGUGAAACUGGUCUGGGGUCCGGAAAAAGGUCGGGGACCGCUGUACUGCGUUGAAAAAUUAUCGACCAUGAAUUGACUUCAACUGGACUUUCAUCACAUUGUACCAAAAAAAACAAAAGAAAAAUCAUUCCACCCCUUACACUCGUACCGAUUUUUAACAAGUUGUGUGUGCUUGCUGGAUGUGGUAGGGAUUGUAAAGACUAGUCAAAUAGUUGACAGUCCUACUCGUCAAUGAAACCCGGAGCUGGAAGUGGACGAGUCGUGUUUUGAGGAGGAGGCAGAAUGCUUUCAACAACUGAGUGCGCUAAAUGAAAUUAGUUCGUCAGCUUAUCCAUUUCAAUUGUGUUGCGCAGCUUUAAUAAGUAAGGGGGAGUUUCCCAACAGGAUCAUGAACAACUGUUUCCGAUCAAAGUGGAAGGAGAGCUGGAAAUAAUUGCAGCGUACACGAUGAGGUCUGUGGUUAUUUGCAGACGCCGCAAAAUCUGAGCAGGCAGAACUUGCUCCUGUGCUAGGACCCCAAGGAUGGGGUUUUACCGAUUGGCCCAGUUGUACGAGCGUCAGCUGGCUGCCCCGCAGCAAACACGCCGAGCAAGAUGAUCUAUUUAUUUAUUUAUUUAUUUGUCAAUGUUGAUUUUCUUGUGUUCAAACGUGGAUGUCCUGCGUAAAUACGGUGUGUAAACUGUACAUUGUCGAUGAAUAGAGAUUAUUGCAAAAGCC